UGUAUCAAACUCUAUAUUUAGGAAGAACAACUGUGAGCUAUGACAGGAAUUCUCUUUAACACUUAGCCUUAACGGUUUAAGUUCCCCUCCAGCCCCGAGCCAGGAGCAGUUCUCAAUACCGGGAGAGGCACAGAGCUAUUUCAGCCACAUGAAAAGCAUCGGAAUUGAGAUCGCAGCUCAGAGGACACCGGGCGCCCCUUCCACCUUCCAAGGAGCUUUGUAUUCUUGCAUCUGGCUGCCUGGGACUUCCCUUAGGCAGUAAACAAAUACAUAAAGCAGGGAUAAGACUGCAUGAAUAUGUCGAAACAGCCAGUUUCCAAUGUUAGAGCCAUCCAGGCAAAUAUCAAUAUUCCAAUGGGAGCCUUUCGGCCAGGAGCAGGUCAACCCCCCAGAAGAAAAGAAUGUACUCCUGAAGUGGAGGAGGGUGUUCCUCCCACCUCGGAUGAGGAGAAGAAGCCAAUUCCAGGAGCGAAGAAACUUCCAGGACCUGCAGUCAAUCUAUCGGAAAUCCAGAAUAUUAAAAGUGAACUAAAAUAUGUCCCCAAAGCUGAACAGUAGUAGGAAGAAAAAAGUGGUAAAAGAACUCAGUGAUAUCAAAGAAUUGAAGAGGAACAAAAUAAGUAUCAAAGUGGUAAUGACGCAUCAAUUACAAGAAAAAGAAAUGAUUAGCAAAGGUAAAACCUAAGAAUAAUUCUACAAUGAUGCUAAUGAGCACCGAGAAAGUCGCAAUUGAAAGCCUUGGAACUGAUGAAGCUCUAAAAAGAAAUUCUCCUUCUGAAGUUUCAAGAAUCCCUUCUGUCUGUGUUGGACAUUGCAGCAUGGCCACAUGUGUGGCAGUCAGACUUCAUGAUUGUAUACUAAACUAAGGUUUUAGAAAAAUGCAAAAUUUUAGUGAUUCUUGAUAGCUCACUUAGUAGGUUUUGGUUGUGUAUAGAAGUGAGAAUCUAUGGAAUUAAUCCCCAUUCAUCAUUAGGAACUGAAGAAAGCACUUGUGUUUUUGUAUCGAGAAGUCUUUUGAGGUCAACCAGUGGGCCUUGGACCAUACUUUGAGAAACACUGCUGUAGGGCAGUAAAUGAGAGUAAGUUGGAAUGAUCUGCAGUUCCUUUGUACCCAUACACAGCCUCAUAAUCUCAAGUUAGUCUCUAUCUCAUACCCCACAUCAGCUAGCCAGCCCUGAUUUUGGAUUUUGUAGAUUUGAAAAGAAUCUUUAUAAUGCCCUGUUGGGGGAGGUGUGCCCUUAUCUUAGUCUGCUCGGGCCACUAUAACAAAAUACCAUAGACUGGGUAGCUAAAACAGCAGACAUUUAUUUCUCACCAUUCUGGAGCUGAAAGUCAGAGAUGAGGAUGUCAGUAUUGUUGGGUUUUGGUGAGGGUUCUCUUCCUGGCUUGCAGAUGGCCAUAUUCUUGCUGUGUCCUUUGAUGUCUCUUCCUCUUCUUAUAAGGGUGCUAAUUCUAUCAUGGGGACCCCACACUCAUGACCUCAUCUAAACCUAAUUACCUCUCAAAGGCCCCACCUCCUAAUAUUAUCACAUUGAGGAUUAAGGCUUCAACAUAUGAAUUUGGGGGAGGGACACAAACAUGCAGUCCAUAAGAGUCCUCUUCCUCCAGCACUCUGCCCCAUCCCUAGCAUCUUCUGUUUAUCCUGUCAGAAACUUACUGAAUUGUAAUGUAUUGGUUUUCUUGUUUACAUCUUUCUUAUGAUGCUAUCGCAUAGCUCCUUUAAAGGCUGCAAUUCACAUGAUACAUAUUAGGCACACAGGGCAAGUCUGGAGGAUGUUGCCGGUGCCCUGACCACAGCAAGUCUGGGAUCACUUAGAAAUGUAGACAUUCCAAGUCCUUGUAAUCUUAGGGAGCUUACCACUUUAAAAGAAAGACUAGCUUCUCUCAAAAGGUCCGUAGUUAACAUUGUUGACCAAAAUCAGUAAUGGGCCCAGAAAUUUGACUUUAAUUAAUUGAUUGUAUUCCUCUGGGAAACUAAAAAAUUAAGGAAAAUGUCAAGUUUGUCUCAUAUUCCUCAAAAGAGGAGAAAGACGUGUAAACCAGAAGAAAACUUAGUAUUCAAGAAUUCUUUGGCUUUAUUUUUCAAAUAACAUCCACGUCUAGAUAAGACAUAUUUACCAACCUGUCAUCCAGAGAGUUGUCAUCUCUGAUAGGGGAGAACAUAAGGCGCUCAUUACUCUUAAAUGUUAAACAUGCAUCACCAUCAUUCCUACUGAUUCAAGGGCUAAUUCUGAGAGUGUUGGAAGAAGGGCAAAUUGAUAUACCCAGAUAAUUGAUUAAAAAGUGCAUUUAGUACAUAACAACAGACCCCCAAAACACAUGAAGCAAAAACCAACAGAAAUGAAGGAAGAAACAGACAAUCUAAUGAUAAUAAUUGGGGAAUUCAAUAUCCCAUUUUCCAUAAUGUCUAGAAUAACUAGACAAAAGAUCAACAAGGAAAUAUAAGACAAGAACAACACCAUAAACUAACUAGACCUAAUAUAUAUAUAUAUAAUGUGUAUAUACACACAUAUACACACAAAUGUGUAUAUAUACACAUAUACACAUAUACACAUAUACACAUUAAUGUGUAUAUGUACAUAUACACAUAUACACAUAUACACAUUAAUGUGUAUAUGUACAUAUACACAUAUACACAUAUACACAUUAAUGUGUAUAUGUACAUAUACACAUAUACACAUAUACACAUUAAUGUGUAUAUGUACAUAUACACAUAUACACAUAUACACAUUAAUGUGUAUAUGUACAUAUACACAUAUACACAUUAAUGUGUAUAUGUACAUAUACACAUAUACACAUUAAUGUGUAUAUGUACAUAUACACAUAUACACAUAUACCCAUUAAUGUGUAUAUAUACACAUAUACCCAUUAAUGUGUAUAUAUACACAUAUACCCAUUAAUGUAUAUAUAUACACAAUGUGUAUAUAUACACAUAUACACAUAUACACAAUGUAUAUAUACACAUAUACACAUAUACACAAUGUGUACAUAUACACAUAUACACAUUAAUGUGUACAUAUACACACACAUUAAUGUGUACAUAUACACACACACACGUGUAUAUACAUUCUAUAUGUAUAUAUACAUAUACACAUUCUCUAUACAUAUAUGUGUGUAUAUAUAUUAUAUAUAUAGUGUGUGGAUAUGUAUAUAUACCCACAUAUAAAACACUGCCCAACAACAGCAGAGUACAUGUGUACACAUUCUUCUCAAGUGUACAUGGAACAUUGUCCAGGACAGACCAUAUGUUAGGCCAUGAAAUAAGUCUCAAAUUUAAAAGGAUUGAAAUCAUACAAAGUAUGUUCUAUGACCAUAAUGGAAUGAAAUUAGAAAUCAAUAACAGAAGGAAGUUUGGGAAAUUCACAACUUGUGGAACUUAAACAACAUGCUUCUAAAUAACCAAUGAGUCAAAGAAGAAAUCACAAGGUACAUUUAAAAAUAUUAAUACUUUGAGGCGAAUGAAAACAAAAAUACAGCAUACCCAAAUUUAUAAGAUGCAAUGAAAGCAGUACUUAGAGGAAAGUUUACACUUAUAAAUGACUAUAUUAAAAAAGAUCUCAAAUCCCAUAACCAACCAAUCAAAUCAAUAUUAGCACCUAUUCCAUAUUUGGGAAACAUGCCCUUUAUCAUCUUAUAGUAAACUUAUGAGUAAAUUGAUUCAUGAAUGGAAAUAUCAUUCCUUUCAAAUGGUAAGGAAUAAUAAAUGUAAUAAAUCUAUUUGUAUAAACACUAUAACAAUGUAACAGAGACUGGGAAAUAAAAAAUGAUUGCCCAGUAGAUCACCAUAUUAGCAAAAUACUGACUUUGGUAUUUCCCCUUCUAGUCUUUUCCUCUGGGUUUACUUCUGGGAUGCAAUACAACCAAGUUGCUAACAAUAUGUUGAUCUGGGGUUGUGAAGACUUGGUCUCAUUUCCUUCUACGUUUGCAACUUUGCGCUCUAUGCCUCUAUUUUCUUGUUUGAUAAAAGCAGAAAAUGGCACCUCUCUCAAUCAGUAGUUGUGAAGGGUUAGGGAGAUGUAUUUUUAAAAGUAUCUCCAGGCACAGUACCUGGGAUGGGUCAUUACUCAGUAAAUAGGAACUGGUUCUUAUAUAUUUUUCUUAUAUAGCAUCAUUUGUAGCACUUGUAUAGUUUUGUAUCUUGCUUUUUCCACUUUACAUUUUAUCACAAGAUUAGUUUUCAUGUUGCUUUGCAGCCUUCAGAAUUAGGAUGAUUUAUUUCUCAUAGUCUUUGACUUAUCAUGAUUUCAUAACCUUUUCCUUUUGCCAGAAGACAGAGGACUGAUUUAUUGUUUCACAUAGAACUAGACUUAAAAACACUUCUCCAAAUGUCUCCUCUGUGGUUUGUGGAAAUUUUUUGUCCUCAUUUUUGAAAUGUUCCCUGCUUUGACCCAAUUACAGAGCUCUAUUCACUUUCUCUGAAGGAAAUGGUUUUAUGCUGAUAUUUUUCAUUCUCUAGUGAAGCCACAUUUCUUUUGAUUUGUGAUGCUCUUUUUAAAUUUUUCCUGAUCUUCACUUGGUUAGGAUAAAGACAGGUUCUGCAGUGAUUCUGAACUGUAUCAAGGUCUUGUUCAUUUGUUUUCCUGGCUGGCAAAACUCUUGUUUUAGACCCUGGUUACAGUCUGUGUGGGUGUAGAGGACUUGAGAGUGAACGCAAGAAGACUUUGAGUUGAUUGUGGCAGUUGCUUUAAGAGCCUCUCAACAGUAAACACACAGAAGCUACCUGUGUAGUUUCUAUUAAAACAGAGAUUUGGAGGGUCUAGUGUGUGAAUUAUCAGGAAGAAAUUGGAAUUGGUGCGAGAGCUUUUAGGGAGUAGACUUGAGACCAGAGAAGCACAUUUGCUUCAGCCAGCUUGGUGGAAAGCAGAGGUGACUCCGAACCCAAUUCUGUUGAUCUUCCUAUACUGGCACACACAUCUCCAUGGGCCAAAAGACAGUUACACCUGGCACCUGUUCUACUCUCAAUGUAAUGGAACUCAUUACUCUAUCUCAUUUGUUCUCAAUGGGGGGAGGGUGUGGAUUUUUCCUCCCAGGGGACAUUUGGCAAUGUCUGCACACAGUUUGAAUUGUCACAACUAGGGGUGGGCUGCUACUGUCCUCUAGUGAGGAGAGGCCAGGGAUGCUAUUAAACAUCCCACAAUGCCAAGGAUGGCCUCCUGCAACAAAGAAUGAUCCAGCCCCAAAUGUCAGUACUGCUGAGAGUGAGUAACCCUGAUUUACCUGCUUGAAAGGUUGAUGUUAGGUCCAGCUUGCUGCGGACUUUUCUUUCCAAGCAAUCAAUGCAUUGCAUGUCACAGAAAUUAAGACAGUAAUAAAAAGAGUAAAGUAAUUAAUUGCCAAUAUUUAUAAUCUCUUCACAGUAAUUAAGACUUAGGAAUGAAGCACUCUUAAAUAUGAUUCUUGUCAAUUGCCAGAUUAAACAUAUUUAUGGUAUAUGGUCUAUGUGGAAUUGCCUCAAACCCAACUAUUUUUAUAGGUUAUUUUUUCAUCUCAAAUGUAUCAGAAAGCAGAUUAUCUCAGCAGCUCAUCAAGUCUUCUAAAGUAUUAACAUUAAGCAUUAGUAGUCACCAGCAUCAAUAUCAAUGUCAUCAUUUUUAUUGUCAUCAUGAACAUUCCCAUUUAUUAUAUGCUUGUGAUAUGCCUGGUACCAUAUUUUGCACCUCACAUGCAUUAUUUCAUUCAUUCCUUGUGCUGACUGCAUGGGGUAUUACUACAAUGCUCAUUUUGUUUAUGGGAGAGUGAAGGCUAAGACAGCUUAUGCAACUUGACCGAGGUCACCCAGAUUGUAAGUCACAGAGGUAAGGUGCAAACCAUCAUCUGUCACACUAAACAGCCAGUCCUUUUAAUCACUAUCACCCACUGCAUUCUUAAAAAAUGUUCUUUUAGUUAUAGUCUUUGCAAAUAAUAUUUCACCAUGUUGGGUCAGUGCAAAGCAAGCAAAGACUAAAGAGACUGCAGAAACUGUCACUGUCACAAAGACGAACACUGAAACAUAACCCUGGCAUGUUGGUUGAUGUGUUCCUUUGUUUGCUCAUUUGUUUAUUCAUUCACAUAUUCAUUCUUUUAGUUAGUCAGCAUUUACUAAACACAAAAGAUGCACCAGGUGCUGAGUAUAUCAGGCAUUAGGGAUUCAAAUAUGCCAGAGCAUCUACCCUGGUUCACAGUUUAAUGGGCAAAACAUUGCAUGGAAGCACAAAUAAUUUGCUCUUUUUAAGGAUUUUGACAAAAAGGAAGAGUUAAUGCCCAUAAACAUCAGAGAAAGUAUGAGAGAGAGAGAGAGAGAGAGAGAGAGAGAGAGAGAGAGAGAGAGAAAGGAGGGGAAGGGAGAGGAGGGGAAAGGAGAGGAGAGGAGACAGAAAAACACCGAUUAUGGCAGUGCUGGGGAUGACAUGGACUUUGCCCAGUGCUGACAAAACUGCAGCAGAGCAAUACCAGACCGCUGCAGAGCCCACCUGCCUUUGCUCCGGAGAUGAGCAAGGGCUUGUCAGGAGUCUCUGUGUCAUUCAUGGUGCAGCAGUCUCCGACCCAUGAAGCCUUUUCGCUCAUUCCCUCUCACGCUGUGUGCAGCCCACGCAGAAAACUGGGGAAGUGAAUUCCAGGCUGUCUAAUCAGGGUUGGCUGCAUCGUGACAAUGCUGCUCAUUUUAACUCCCUGCACAUGCUGUGGCAUUUGAGAAGGGGAAGGAAUCACGAGGAGCAAAUCAAGACUUGCAAAUUUAACUUGUACUCCCUUACCACUGCUCCCUGCCUGUGAACUGAUCAUUCCACACCCUCUAGUCUAGGACUUUAUGCAGAUGGCAGGGGGGUGGCUGGUUUAAUCCGAGGCAGGGUCAGUCAAUUGGCUUCUCACUGAGGGAAAUUUCUAUUAAGCAGUCGACAGAUUGGAGUCUCUUUCGUCCAGGCAGGUGGCACAAAGGUUGCUCAGAACAAUUCAUCUGGACUGCUGGAUAAACAGCCAAAAGCAAGCGUGUCCUAUUGCCAGAAAGUCAUUGGAUGCCUUCUAUAGGAAGGACAGUGGCACUUCCUUCCACCCUAGAAGAUAGUGGCACUUCCUUCCACCUGUCACCGAUGUAAUAGAAUCCUUAACAAGUAAUACAUAUUUUACUGCCUAGCUCUUACCUGAUCCCCCAAUUUUGGAUACAGAUGAUAAGAAUCAUGGCUGCAUUUUAGUUUCAGAGGCAGCAAUUAAUUCCUGAAAACUACCCCAACAGGUUUAUUAAAUUCUGAGUGUUCAAUCAUCCAUCUAUUCAGACUGUUUUCAUUGCCUGAUCAUUUUGUACAUGGGCUAGUUGGAAUUUACCUUGGCCAAAUUAACCUUCUUCUUCAUAAUGCAAAUUGACAGCAUGAAUUGGAUUUGAGUGGGAAGGAUUAAAGUGCUCGGAUAAAUUCACUCAUUUAUGAAAUGAACAUCUAU